AUGGACGAAUCGACGGCCGAAAGCAUUGCGAAUGCACUCGCUGCCGUCCAGGCUGCUGUGGCCAGCAAUCCAGAGGCUGCCAUUCCGAAAAGCUACAGCCUCGGAUUCGACGCCCAGCCAGAGUUUCCCGAGCAGAAGCUCCAGCUCCAAGACCUGCACGAUGCGAAUGCUGAAAACCUAGAGGCAAACAUCACCGCCCAACCAGAAUUCCAAAUAGUGCCUCAAGCAGAUUCCCAAGCACAGCCGACCGUCGCUGCAGCAAUCGAAUCCAACACCAACAAUGGCGUCGGCAUCAAGCGCUCCAGGCCCGAGGACGAGGAAGAAGAUGAACAAGAUGGCUGGCAAAAGGUUGAGCGCAAGAAAUCAAAGAAAAAGCAGAAGAAGCUUCCUAAGAGCGACGGCUCCCAUUACCCUUCCAUCUCUUUCAACUACAAUGCAAAGCUGCAGGCAAAGGUCUCCUUGGACCAAUUGCGCAACCUCAUUCUGUACAUCUUUGCCGAGGGAACCGCGCCGCAAUGGGUUUCCAUAAGUAAUCGGCCACAAUUCCGAAAAAUUGUAACGCUCAUGGUGCCAGGCUUGGAAGAGGCCAUGUUCAAGAUGGAUGUAGAUUUCUCCACCUACCAAAACGAACCGAGAAGUUCUGAAAAGUCUCGCGUCAUGACUUCACCCGAUGAUUACUACCCUCGGCUGCUUAAGAAGGAAGAGUUGCCCGAAGUCCUUCAGCCCUUUGCCGAAAUGUUCCCUCACCUUUGGCCCAUAAAGACGCCCGGGAAUGAAAAGUUUGGCAACCUGCGCUCACCACUGCAUACCAUGCUCACAGCACCACAAGAGAAAUCGGCAGAGGAGAAGAACAAGAAAGGCCAGGGCGUUCAGCCUGCCAGGGAGCCCAGUGGCUGGAAAGAUCAACGCACCAGAAUCACAGAGUACCUUAUGAACCCAGAGGACUUUGUCCCGAACGGCUAUACAUUGCAUCCUGCCCUGAUCGACAAUGCAGACCGCCGCGCCGAGUUUCGAGAUGAAGAGGGUUGGGUUCACACAAAUGUUCAGAACCUCUCUGACGGCGAUGUGCCAGAGUCAGAGAUCCAGCAAGGAGCCAUCACCGCCGGCCGUGAAGUUCUUGCGCUUGAUUGCGAAAUGUGUAUGACUGGACCAGCAGAAUUUUCUUUGACUAGAGUCAGUCUCUUGAGCUGGGAUGGAACCGUUAUUCUGGAUGAGCUUGUGAAGCCAGACAAGCCCAUUGUUGACUACGUGACGCAAUUUUCGGGUAUCACGAAGCAGAUGUUGGACCCUGUAACAACUACCCUAAAGGACAUACAAGCAAGGCUUAUAGAUUUACUGCACCCCCGAACCAUUCUAGUCGGUCACUCACUGGACUCUGACUUAAAGGCAUUGCGACUUACGCACCCCUUCAUCGUCGACACUGCACUGCUUUAUCCUCACAACAGAGGACCACCUCUGAAGAACAGUUUGAAGUUCUUGUCGCAACGCUUCUUGAAGCGCGAGAUCCAGAAGGGGUCUCAAGGACAUAGCCCUAUUGAGGACGCCAAAGCUUGUCUUGAUCUGGUCAAGCAAAAGUGUGAGAAGGGCAAGUCGUGGGGUGCUCACGAGCAGCAAGGAGAAAAUUUGUUUCGGCGACUAACGCGCAUGGGCACCUCGUAUCGUGCCAACGGAGGUAUCGAGGCCCUCGGCGGCGCAGUGUUAGGCAAGUCAAGUGUCAUGGUCGACUGGGGCGACCCGAUGAAGGGUGCAGGAGCAGCUGCGACUUGGCGCGUCGGAUGCCAGAACGAUGACGAGGUCGUACAAGGAGUCCUCCGAGCUACAAAGGGCGAUCCCGUAGCAGAAGAGAUUCCCUACGGUGGGGCUGACUUUGUGUUUGCUCGGUUCAGGGAACUCGAGGCACUGCAAGGCUGGUGGAAUAGAAACCGUAUCAGCCCAGAAUCUGAGGUUCCAGGACCACCCGAUGUCUCGGAUCUCACUGGUUCAAACGGCACCGCAUCUGCUGUGUCACCUUUGGAGGCAUGUCUGCAGAGACUGACUGCUCGCCUCAAGUAUAUUCAUGAGUCACUACCGCCGUGUACUGCAUUGAUCAUCUUCAGCGGGAGCGGCGAUCCACGUGAAAUGAGCAGAUUGCAAGCUCAGCAAGCCCAAUUCAAACGCGAGUAUAACACUCCCGGAAGCAAGUGGGACGAGUUGAGCGUCAAGUGGACAGACGCGGAAGACCAAGCCUUGAAAAAGGCAGUCGGUAUGGCUCGCAAUGGUAUCGCCUUUAUUGGGGUCAAAUAG